GCGCAGAAUCGCAUUUUCAGAUUUUCACCUGAGUUCUCUGAUAUACUUAACUCACGGAGAUACAUCCUUAGGACCCAUCAUGGAUCUUUCGCUAUUGAAUGAACAUGCGCCUUGCACUGGGCGAACAAUAGAGACUAACCAACCCCAAGACGUUCAGCUCCUCAUAUGCAACAUUCUUCCUGCCGAGCUCCUCGCUGAGAUCUUCGCAUGCCUCUCCAUGAUGGAACGGCCCAGCAGACCCGACUCUUUUCGGAAAGACAUACCUUUAUCCAGCUGGAGACUCGGAUGGAUGAGGGUCACCCAUGUUUGCCGCCACUGGAGAGCUGUCGCCCUUGACCAUCCUUUCCUAUGGGGAGAGAUCUGCUAUGGGCUCGGAAGACAUUGGACCAUGCUGAUGAUGGAACGGGCGAAGUUCGCUACCGUCUCUAUCCGACAGCGUCCCUGGUCCCUACAUCCUACGUCCGCAGGAGAAGUCGAGUACAUUCCUGAUCAUAUCAGCCAAAUAGACGCACUCGAACUCCACGGUCAUUACGGCGAGUUGCGAAAAAUAUUCGAAAAUUUGCACCGGAAGCCCGCGCCCAGACUUGGGAUGCUAUACAUUGGUUGUACUGGCCUGGAGGAAGUGCCAUCGUCUCACCUACUUAUUCAUCUCCCCGAUUCGCUCUUCAACGGACAAGCGCCGCAACUAAAAUGGUUGACCGUUGAUGGACCCUGUCGCUUAUCGUUCAGUUCGCCAUGGCUUCGCAACUUGUGUAUACUUGACCUGAGAGGUAGAAGGCUACUUCCUCCUGAAGUUUUACCGACCGUUGACGGAUUAUAUGAUCUGUUGGAUGAGCUGCCGGCGCUCACGUCACUCAGUCUUAUUGAUUACCUCCCAAUCUACCCUAAACUCCAUUCAACGCGCGAAAAACACAAUGCGCCAUAUCGCACCGUCUCUCUUCCUGCACUCUACUGGCUCAACAUCGAGGGCGACUAUUCUCAAUGCCUGUGCUUCGUUCAAAGCAUAGCGAAAUUUCUUCCCCACAUCUAUCUUUCCAUCCGUUGCCGACAGCCACGCAUGCCACACACCGAGAGCCCGUAUCGCGAUGUCAUACUCGAGGUCCGAAAGCAUGUUGAUGCGUCGCUCGAGACAAUGCCUCCCAUCAGUCGACUACGAAUCCAGGGUCACAGCAUGCAUCUUGACCUCUACGAUGAGACACUGGAGAUACGUGCGGAACUUACAAAGACACUGAUCAGCCAGGAACCAGGACAGAACGAAUCGGCCACAUUCGAGCUCGCAUUCGAUAUGACCGACGACUUCAAUCCUCACUGGAAUGAAACACAGAUAAUCGGUACUUUCGUUGCGGAAAUGCCAGUCAGCGAAGUCCGUAGCCUCGAAAUCGACCUUCCGGAGCAGGAGAUUGGACCCGAGCAGUUCUUUGACUGGUUUUCCCCUAUGAAAGACCUGGAUCGACUUGAGGUUUCGCAGAUAGGCGGUAUCGGCCUCCCCCUCGCCUUAAAGCGAACCAUCCCUGGGCCGCAGUUUCAUGCAUCCACGACGACAGGACCUUCGACCAUAUCCUCCACGGCAGCCUCUGCGAUGCCAAUUUUCCCAGAGUUAAUGCACCUCAAAAUUGCGAACUACGACUUCAUGCCGAGCUUUGGUCCUCGGUUCGUUACAUUGGUGUGCAUAGCUUUAGAACGUCGCGCGCGGAAAGGGUUCAAGCUGCCCUGUCUCCAGUUUUCCGACUGCUUUUUUGCAGACCUCGAUUGGGUUCCUCGUGCUCGUGCUUGCGUAGAGAUGCUGCGCCUUCCGGAAGAUCUCGAUGAGGAACCUAGCGAUGAUUUUUAUCAUGUGUUCGACAGACUUUACGAUGACGGAGAUGAAGGAGAUAUUGACGUUGAAGAAAACGCUACUGCUUAGCACGGAAGAGAGGACGACCACAGGGGUGAGGGUGGAGAGGGAGAAGACAGCAAUGAUGACAGCGGGUCCGACCAUCCCUCAUCGGAACAGUUUGGCUGCCUCGUCACAAAAUUACUAUGCAACUAUCGCUCUCCGCCCCGAGAAACGGACAUCCUGUCUGUUAGCUUCAUAUCCCGUCCUUUCUUCCAUCACAACAGCCGAAUCCGUCUCUUGUUAUUUUGUGUCUCGUAUAUCAUUCUCACCGGUUCGGUCGGUGACUGACAUACCACACAUUCACUGACAUCGAAGGCCGAAUCUAACUCAAGCGCCUACACCCUUCAACCCUUCCUCGUCAACAGACUCCCACUUCUCAAAUGCCUUCAUGGGCCUCCAUCUACCCCCGUCAGUCCAAAGGAUCUCCUGCC